CCAUGUGCGAUUUUUUUGUUGUUUUCGUUUUGAUGAUUCCAUUUUAAUUAAAAAGUUUCCAAGUAAUUUCAAAAAUUAAUUACUUAUCACCUUGGAAUUAAACUUAUUAAAACACAGUGAUUAAUUUUAUUAUUAUAUGCUUAUCUGUACAAUUGCAAAAUGGGCGCGGAAGAACAGAAUAUCAAAGAAUUUAAAUUGAAACCUAUGAAAUGCGAAUUAAAUUUUCUUAGUAAAUCUGAUGGAUCAGCUAUAUUAUCACAAGGUGAAACAGUAGCACUGGCCAGUGUCAACGGACCAUUGGAUGUUAAAAUGCAAAGUCAGAGCAUAGAGAAAUCAACUUUAGAAGUAUUAUUUUGCAGUAAAGGUGGCAAGCCAUCAGUUGGUGAUAGAUAUAAGGAGAAUAUAAUAAGACAGACAUGUGAAACGGCCAUUCUGAGCAGUUUGUACCCACGCACUGCCAUCACUAUCACCAUACAGGAGUUAGAAGACUAUGGUGGGUUCCUCUCCUGCUGUCUUAACACAGCGUGCCUCGCGCUCGUCAACUCUGGCGUGGCGAUGCGGCACGUGUUUGCGGCGGUGUCCUGCGCGCUCGACGACCGCGGCAACAUACUGCUGGAGCCGACUCAGCAGCAGCUGGAGACGGCGCGCGCCACCAUGAACUUCGUGUUCGACAGCCGACAGAAGAGCCUAGUCACUAGUUUCACAGAGGGCGCUUUUAGCGAGGACACAUACAAGGAGGCUCUGGCCCGGUGCCGUUCAGCCAGCGACCUGGUCUUCUCCUUCUACAGGGAUAUAGUUACAAAAUAUUCAAAAGUUAUCGGAUAGUAAUAAAGACUACGCAAA